AUGGUUCCUUCAGUCAAUGUAAUCACAUCUCGUACAGAUUCACUUUCUUCACUGGAUGAAUCAUUGGCAAAACAAUUAUCUAAAAUUCAGCUUGAAAGAUUAAGUGAACAAAAAUUACGACAAAAAAUUAGAAAUGAAAGUAUGGAACUUCGUGAACUGGAAAACAAACUUCGUAGUGCUUAUGUGGCUAAACAACAACUUGCCCAGAUUGCUGAAAAACGUGCACAUGCUUAUGAUUUGAUGACUGAAGAAGCUUUACAAGCGCAUCAAUUAGCCUCACAACUUGGCGAUGAUUUAAUUGUAGCUGAAGAAGAAGAAACUCGUCGAAAAGAAUCUCAAAUGAAACAUCGUAAAGAAUUAGAUGCACAAAUGAUGGAACAAGCUGAAUUAAGAAAAAAAGCCUAUGAAGAAUUUCUACGCGACAAACAAAUGAUUGAUGAAGUUGUCAACAGGAUAAGACAAGAAGAUGAAAAUGAAAGAGAAAAACGUCGAAAACAGAAAGAUUUAAUUAAACAAGAGAUAAGUCAAUAUCAAAAAGAACGCGAAGACUACUUAAAGGCUGAAAAACAAAAACUUUCUGAUGAAUUGGAGGCUAUUCAUGCUUAUACAGCAAAGAAAGAUGAUGAACAAAAUGCUGCAAAAGCUGCGAUCAAAGCCAGACAAGAACAAAUUGAAAAAUUACAGGAUGAAUUAGGCAAAGAAUUAUUGCGCAAAGAAAGAGAACGUCAAGAACUAGAAGAUAUACGUCAAACAUUAAUUCUUGAAGAGAAUGCUAAAAAGGCUAGAGAAGAAGAAGAAAACUUAUGGAUUAAAAAGCUAACUAAUCAGCAAAAACUUCAAGCAGAUUAUGAAACACAACUUGCUUUAAAAGAUAAACAAAAAGAGCUAGAAAAACAAGAAGCUAUGAAAAUUCGAAAUUACAUGUUGGCGAAAUUUGAAGAAGAUGAACGUUUAGAAAAAGAAGAAUUACAUAAACGGCAUAUGAAACAAAUGGAAUAUGCUAAUGAAGCACACAAGCUAUUAAUAGAAAAACGUCAAAGAAUAAUGCUAGAAUAUGAAAAAGCGAAAAAAGAAUUAGAAGAGGAAAAACAACGUGUUUUAACUGAGCAACGUAUUGUUGAAGAAGAAAGACAACGCAUGCUAAGACAACAUGCUAAUAACUUAUGGAAUCAUCUACCUAAAGGUAUAUUUCGAUCGAAAGAAGAAUAUGAAUCACUGAAACAGCUAAAUGAUAACAAUUAA